CUGUUGUUUUUUCAGACUAUGGAAAGCCCGAAAUAUGAGCUAGUUAUAGAAGCUAAGGAUAUGGGUGGUCUUGAUGUGGGACUAACUGGCACAGCAACUGCCACUAUUCUUAUUGAUGACAAAAAUGACCAUCCACCAGAAUUUACCAAGAAGGAGUUUCAAGCCACAGUAAAGGAAGGAGUCACAGGUGUAAUAGUAAACUUAACCGUUGGUGACCGAGAUGACCCAGCAACUGGAGCAUGGAGAGCUGUUUACACCAUUAUUAAUGGAAAUCCAGGGCAGAGUUUUGAAAUCCAUACCAAUCCCCAGACUAACGAGGGAAUGCUCUCUGUUGUCAAACCUUUAGACUAUGAGAUUUCGGCAUUUCACACGUUGCUGAUCAAAGUAGAAAAUGAAGACCCACUGAUUCCAGACAUAGCCUAUGGCCCCAGUUCCACGGCAACAGUUCAGAUCACUGUCGAGGAUGUGAAUGAAGGCCCAGUUUUCCACCCAAACCCGAUGGCAGUGACAAAACCAGAAAACAUCCCUAUUGGCAGUGUCGUGUUAACAGUAAAUGCUACUGAUCCAGAUACUUUGCAACAUCAGACUAUCAGGUAUUCAGUUUACAAGGAUCCAGCAAACUGGCUAGAAAUCAACCCUACCAAUGGUACCAUUGGCACCACUGCUAUCCUGGAUCGGGAAUCUCCUUAUGUUCAGAACAAUAUAUACACGGCUCUCUUCCUGGCAAUAGACAGUGGUAACCCUCCUGCUACAGGUACAGGAACUUUACACAUCACCUUGGAGGAUGUCAAUGACAACGUCCCAUCCCUUUAUCCAACGCUGGCAAAAGUUUGUGAUGAUGCAAAAGAUCUCAGGGUAGUGGUACUAGGAGCAUCAGACAAAGACCUUCAUCCCAACACAGAUCCAUUCAAAUUUGAACUGAGUAAGCAAUCUGGCCCAGAAAAAUUGUGGAGAAUCACCAAGCUUAACAAUACUCAUGCCCAGGUCAUCCUGCUUCAAAACCUGAAAAAGGCCAAUUACAACAUCCCAAUCUCAGUGACAGAUUCUGGAAAACCACCUCUGACUAACAACACAGAACUGAAAUUACAAGUGUGCUCCUGCAAGAAAUCCAAAAUGGACUGCAGUGCAACUGAUGCCCUUCAUAUCAGCAUGACCCUUGUCCUUCUUUCACUCUUCAGUUUAUUUUGUCUGUAAGAACUCCCGACAUUUGAAGCUGUCCUACCGAGUUGCCAUGGCAACGAGAAAAAAGAAAACGUCAGAUCUGAAGAUUGCAGUUUACAGUUACUGUUCUUCACUACCAGGCCUCAGUUGCUCCAGACUCAGUUUAAUUUGCAACCUCACUUAAUCUGUCCGACUGUACAUUGGUGUUUGACAGCCUCCGCCCUAACCACCGUUUAUUAACGGAUUCCUCUUGCAGGACGCAAGGUUUAUGCGAAUUUUCUCUGAAUGUUAAAAGACCAUGACAUCUAAACUGGACCUUGGGGGAGCAGAAAA